UAUUACUCAGAACCUCGGACAACUACCAUAUAAGCAGCCCAGGAGUUGUGCUUCACACUCAUAUAUGCACUAGCUAACUUUCUUCUCUUUUAUCACUUGCUCUUCAGCUCGAUCCAAAGCUCCAAAGGUCUUCUUCUUGGUUAGAGGAAAACAGAUCCAACUUGAGUUUCUCUGGCAAUGAAGGAAACGAAAUCGAAAAUUAUUCCAAUGCAACUAACUAAUGCUUUGUGGGCAUGCAAGAACGUUUUAAUGCAACAUCUAGGGUUGACGGCAGCAAAUCAGGAGGACUGCAAGAGUGAUGCAGAGUUCCGGUCCUUCAAUGAUGCCAGCCUCAAAACCGGUACCAAUGAGAUCAUUACCAAAUUUAAGGAGGAUGGAGGUCUUUCCUUGGAUGUUUUGGACAAUGUGCUGACAAGUAUGUCUGAUUUGGGGCAAAAAACAGCUGACGCGAUCUUGGAUUUCAAAAGUAGUAAGAUGAUUCCCAUGAAGGACGAUAGCUAUAAGCUUGUGGUGAAGGAGUACUUGAGCAGCAGCUUGGAGCUGCUGGAGUUCUUUACUGAACUGGAAAAGUUUCUAGACUCAGCUAGUCGGAGCCAUUCACAUAUCGAACAUGCGAUUGAAGAGUGUAGCAGCUUGGGGAGUAAACAUGGAGUAGGAAGGGAGGAGGCCAAGAUGAUUUUGAAUAUAUUGAGUAACAUUAUGAAGACUAAUGUCAAUGACUACUCUGGUGAAAAGUUGGUCGAAAAGGCUCGUUGUUUGCUUGAGAAGCAGGAAGAAAUGAUUGACAAAUGUCGCAUUGAACAAGAGAAGCUUGGGAAGGAUCAGAAGACUAUUAAUGGUUGGAAGAAGCUCUUGAAUUAUAUAUUCAUGGGUGCUAAGUGCCUCAUUAUCGUUGUUCUAGUUGUGACAUUGGCCAAUUCUAUCAAAUCUGUUAGAGAUGGUUCGUCUGAUAUAGUUGGGGAUUUGAAAAUCAAAGCAGCAUGUUACUUUGAGGUCUCUAGUAUAGUAGAAAUAGCAGAUCACUGGAGUAGCUCCCGCCUUGAAGUAUGUCAAAAUGAUUUUAUGCUGAAGAAUGAUGCAAUGAACACAAUACAGGAAGGAGCUUUUCAUUCCAUAAAAGAAAUGGGGGAAAUUGAAGUUCUCAUCUUUAAGGUAGUAAAUUCCAUUGACUCUCUCCUUGCUGUAAGUACAAACUUUGCAAAUGGUGGAAAUGUAGAAGUGGCAAUCAAGAAUAUUAAGCUUGACCUGAAGAAGUUUUUGGAUAAAAUUAACGCUUUGGAGGAGAAAACAGAGGAAUGCAGCUCUAGAAUUUUGAAAGCAAGGCAAGCUGUUCUCGCGUGGUAACUCCAGACCUUAUCAUCUUUACGCUUCAUGUUGUAAUAAACCCCAGUUUGUGUGUUGGUUGUUUCUUUACUUCUGCUUUUAGCUAGUUUUUGGUGUUUCCUAAUUAAUAAACCCAAGUUGGGUCGUUUUCUUUUUCUUCUCUUUUCUUCCCCGACCUAGUUUGUCGGGUCUGGUAAUUUGUAAUCCUUUCUGUGUGUGGCCUUUUUUUUUCUCAAUGAAAUGUUUGGUAGCUA